AUGGGUAAAAUAUCUCAGGUAAAAACUCUUAUUGAUUCAAUUCAAUAUAAAAAGAUAUCAAAAGAAGAUUUUAUGUGUUUAAUAGAAAGAGAUAAUAACAACCAAAUAAUCAAAAAUAUUAUUUCUAGUUUAAAAACAAGAAAACUUAAUAAAAAGCAACAAAUAAAAUUAUUAACAAUUAUCUUUUGGUCAUUAAAUUCUCAAAAAACUGAAGAUAUAGCAGAACUUAUUUUAAAAAAGAAAUUUAGAUUUUCAACAAUUAAAUGUCAUAAAGACGAUACAAUCUUUAUUUCAUUUAGUAAAUACCUUGAUUAUUUAGUUAUUAUUCAUAACCAAUUUCAAAUGAUUGGUUCAAACAUCUAUGAUUAUACUCCAAAAGUACUCUUAUAUUUUGAAUUAAUAAUUCAAAGUUGGGAUUGUUUAAUAAAAAUUGAUUCAUUAACAACAACUUCAACAAUAAGUUUUGAAGAAAUUAUUACAACUUCUUUUUAUGAACAAUGUAAAUUAUAUCAUAAAACUAUUACUAUUUUUCUUUGUAUCAUUAAACGAAUUGAUUCUCUUAAUUUAAGUGAAUUAGAAGAAUUUAUAGAAUAUAUUAUCUAUGCAGAAAAGAUGAAAUUUUGUUUAUGGAAAAAGCUUAAGGAUAAUAAACUUAUUUCUCAAAGAUAUGGAGAGUUUAUGGGAGUUUCAUAUUACCAAUUUACUCCAUUUAUUGAAUAUUUAAAAGAAAGAAUAGUGCUUGAAAGAAAACAUUAUAAUAGUCUUGAAAAUUUAAAUAAGAUUAUUCAAUUUGAAGGGUUUGUUGAGAAAGAGUAUUUAAUUAUGGCAAAUUGUAUGCUCAACUAUAUUGAAAGUAAUAUGAAAAAAGAAACAAAUCUAGAAAAAUAUAUGAUUAUAUGA